AUUUCUAAAGAAGAGGGGUGCAAAUGUGUAGUACUCUUGGAAAAAGUAUUUGGUAUUCACCAUAUAAAGUUCAAUAUAGAAAGCAAUAGAAAUAUCGGUCUCCUCUGCUAGAAAAUACGACUGUCGGACUUCUUUAUCGCAACAGAUGUUGACUUUUAUAUGAUCUGGCUUCUUUGGUUGUUCAGAGUAUUUGAAGUUCUUCUUACGCGUGCACAUGGAUUAUCAUUAAGGAAUAUAUCAGCUAAGUGGAAAAAUUUGUUAGUCCAUAUGACAAUCCUGAAGGCUUCUGAACCCUAUAUCCUUACAUUCUUAUAUCGAAUGAUGUCUUCAGCCAAAAAGUCUUCCUGGAAUAUGGGGCUUGUGAACUCUAUGCAUGACCCUGCACUACUGUUUAUAUCAACAGACUUAGGGGUUGUAAUCCGCGACAAAUACCCGAAAGCCAGACAUCAUUUUUUGGUUCUACCAAAGUCUGAUAUACCCAGCAUUUAUCACGUAAAAAGAAAAGAUUUAAGUUUACUAUAUGAGCUACAUCUGCUGGCCGUCAAUGUGAUAGAAAUACUUGGCAUGAAAACUGACGAUUUCAAAAUUGGAUUUCAUGCUUUACCCAGCAUGCAAAGACUGCAUUUGCAUGUAAUAUCAACUGACUUCAUUUCGUCUUGUUUGAAGACUAAAAAGCAUUGGAACAGCUUCAACACUGAAUUAUUCUUAGACUAUGAGUAUGUUCGCAACGAGAUUGAGGUAAACGGAUCCCUUCGCAGAAUCGAUAAACAAAAAGCUUCAGAACUGUCGGCCAAAGAAUUAAAGUGUAAUCAGUGCAACCAUGUAGCUAGUAACAUGCCUAAUUUAAAAUCACAUUUAUUAGUUCAUUCUAAGCGGUAACAUUAAGCUUCGUAUAUUAUAGCGCAAUAUUUGAUAUCUUGAAUGGUUGAAAAACAUGUGCUCCCCGCGAGCUCCCGAAAGCACUAGCGCAAAUAAAACAAUAUUUGUAGUAGGUAUCACAUGCAUGACUUAUAUUAAAAUUAAAAUACAAUAAUACAUACGAAAUGUAACAGAUAUUCAAUUUACAUUUAAUACAUACAGUUAUUAGAAAA